AUGAUUAGUGUGAAAGAUUUCUCAAGAGCCCUUUUAUUAUUUUUAUUGUCGAAACCUGCACGUUUGCUUGCUUUAUUAUUCAUUGGUGAUUGGUGGUAUCCGAGUUGGACGGAUGGGCUCCUGCACAUGCAGUCUCUAUUUGAGAGAGUAGUAAAUGAAGAUACUGCAACUGUUGGUGUUAUCGGUGUACAAACAAGAAAUGUGUUCGCUUGUCCACCUCUUAUGUGUUAUCCGUUUAAUGCCACUGCUGAACAAGACCAUCUGAAGUUGAAUGGCUCACCAACUUCGGUUACGAACUGUAUUUCUUUAGCACACGAUGAACGAAAUCUCGCUUAUGCAUCCUCAGCUGCCAUUAAGCUCGUGGAUCUCCAAACUGGACGUGAAUUGCGGACAUUGGUUGGUCAUAAGGGACUGAUUAAUUCCAUAACCCAAAGUAAUAGAUCCAUAUAUAUGUGGGCAUCGGCAGCUACUGAUUGCACAGUAACUCUGUGGGAUACAAGGCAACAUCCGGCUAACGUAUUAGUGCGGCGUUUCGAUCGUCCAGCCAACUGCUUAUCUUAUAGCCCGAAUGAUGCUUUCAUAGCGCUAGGCUCUGAUCAUUUGUGCUUAAUGGACCCACGUAUCAAGGAGUACAGAUCUCUUCCUUCUUCAUCUCAGGUAUUGCAUGUAUGCUUCCAUCCCUCUGAAUAUUUGUUGGCAACGGGAUCCGAGGACCGGCUGGUGCGUUUCUGGGAUAUUGAUACCGAAGAAUGCGUCUCACAAAGUGAUCCAGCAGAUAGUGCGCUCAGAGAAGUUAUUUUUCAUAAUGAUGGCUCAGCUCUACUCACACUUACAGAUCGUAAAUGUAGUGCAAUCUCGUGGGAACCAUUUGAAAUGCUUGGGCAGUGCAUAGUUCCACAGACGGAUUACUCCUUGUGUUUGGCAACUUCGGAUUCAGAAGUUUUUGUUCUGGGACGAUCAGUGUUACUGAGCAGCUUGUCGUUAUUGAUGGCACCUUAUGCGAAACUUCUUGCUCAAGAAGAGUCAAUCGAAAACAAAGAUCGAAGUGAUAAAUUGAAGGCAGCAAAUAGAUUAGAAGGUCUGUUGGAGACAGGUCCUGCUGAUCCGAGUAGGAACGAGUUGGAAGAUUUACUCCUGGAGAAGAAGGAACCGCUGCAUUACUAUAAUGAUCACAGAGCAUUUAUACCAACGCAUACACUGCCACGCACUCCACCUUCACGGCCUAUAAGAGUAGUACCACGCACUGAAAAUGCAGUUGUUGCUAUGACUACGACAACUACACCACUGACGACACUUAUUUCUAUGCCUGGUAAAGCAAAAGCAUUGAAGAGUAAGCGAAAUGAUACAAAUUCGAAACUGACCCACGCGAAAGUUGCCAGUAGUACGCGAAAGGCAGGUGGUAUAAUACUGCGCACAUCACAGUCUAAUUUAUCAUCUCGAAAAGGAGGACAUUCUUACGCGACAGCAAUAGAAAUAACCAAUUCAAUGCCGGAUAUACGAUGUACCGUCUCUAGAAAAAAGGAAGAGAAGAACCAUGCUUUUGGUGGCAAUGAUGAAAUGAAACGUCAGUGCCAACGAAAGCAGUCAUGUUGGGGUCGAGAUCAAGAAAUACCGAACGAACCAUUUAACUUAGAUGAUAUAAUUGCCGGUUUAAAUAAACUUGAAAUAAUAAUCAGUCAACGACGUGUGGUGCUAGAAGACGUAUUACGCUGUUGGCGAACACGUGGAUGUGAAGCAGCGAUCAUAGAAGCUGCGCGAUCCAAUGAUAUAGCUGUGUUGGUUGAACUCAUUGACGCAUUCAAUCAUAUUCCUGCAGUCUGGAAUUUGACACUCUGUACUGCAAUUCUGCCAUAUAUCGAGCCACUAUUCGCCAAUAAACAGGAAGAUUGUGUGGAGGUAGCAUUAAGUGCACUCAGGGCAAUAAUUACGGGUUGUGGAGAUGUGAUUCGCACUGGUUCUCAUCGUCGUUUUCAAAUUGGUGUCGAUAUUCCUGCUGAAGAGCGACACAAUAAAUGUAUAAAGUGUAUGCAACAACUGACAAAUAUAAGGGUUAAAGCUGCAUUAUUGGCGGAUCGUAUGAAUAAGUCACAAUCACAUGAAUUUACUGCUCUUAUGCAAAUCUUUGAUGACACGUUGUCGCCAAGUUAG